AUGACCGACACGACAUCUGAUCCGGCGGCGCCUCUGGUCGUGCACUCGCUGCCGUCGCUGAACCCGCCGCUGUUCUUCGAGAUCGUCGAGCAUCAGGUCUACCGGUCGAACAAGUGCGACGCGUCUUCGUUCCCGUUCCUGGCCACGCUGCGGCUCAAUACGGUCGUGUACCUCUCGUACGACGACCUCUCGCACGACUUGGCUGCGUUUUGCACCGAGAAGGACAUUACAGUGAUUCAUCUCGGGAUGAAAUACCGCACGGUGUCGUCGCAGUGGAAAGGGAUUUCGGAAGGAAUGGCCAAAGAAACGGUCGAGUGUAUCUUGGACCAGAGACGGCAUCCGAUUCUGGUCAUGUGCAAAACAGGAGUGCACUUUGCGGGGACCAUGAUUGGCUGUCUACGACGACUUCAGAAUUGGAGCUUGACGUCGACUAUUGACAAGUAUCGGAACAUUGCUGGCAGUGUCAAGACGCGAUUUGAGAACGAACAGUUUAUCGAGUUGUUUGACGUGGACUUGGUCACGCUGCCGCAGCAGCUGCCGUCCUGGUUCAUGGUCCACCAGCGCCUCAUGGAAGAGGAGCGUAUUGCACUGACAAAAGGCGAGUUUUUCCCAGGACGAAGUCGUGACAGAGACGAUCCAUCAAAAAAGAAAAGCUCGCUGCUCGACGGAGCUGCAGAUGGAAAUGGCCACUUAGAGGCACACGACUCGGUCUCUUCACAAACGCCGACAGAUCCAGCAGUUCCAGCGUAUCAGAAGUACUACUUCUAUCUGCAAGGUCCGCUCGUGUCUCCGUCCGUAAAGUUCUCGGAGAAGAAGAGCAUCAUCGGCGAUGAUGAUGACGACUGA